AUGCUCCUGGUGACCCAGUGUAUAAUAAUGUUCAAAGAGGACGUGGAGCCAGAGGACAUGGAGGCCCCAGGGGUGGAGCAGAUAAUCGCGGAGCCUGGGGUGGCAGAGGAGGAGGUGGAGGUGGAUUUCAAGACCGAGGUGGUAGAGGAGGAGGCGGUGGAUUUCAAGACCGAGGUGGUAGAGGAGGAGGAGGCGGUGGAUUUCAAGACCGUGGUGGCAGAGGUGGAGGAGGCGGUGGUGGUGGAUUUCAAGACCGAGGUGGUAGAGGUGGAGGUGCUGGAUUUCAUGACCGUGGUGGCAGAGGUGGAGGAUUUCAAGACCGUGGUGGCAGAGGCGGUAGAGGUUUUCAGCACCAAGGUGGUAGAG